AUGUCGCAAGACACAGUCGAGAUCCGCGUCGAGUUUGGAGGAGGCACCGAGCUUCUGCUGGCACCGCCACACGAGAAGAAGCACACGCUGACAAUACCGCGAACCGAUACAGCUGGUAAUGAGACCAAUGUCAGCUUCUUGAUUGGUCACAUUCGCAAGAACCUGAUCACAGAACGAGAAGAACUCUUCGUAGACGGCGACUCGGUACGACCAGGCAUCCUCGUGCUGAUCAACAACGGCGAUUGGGAACUCGAAGGCGAAGGCGACUAUGUCCUGCAGGAUGGCGACGAGGUGGUGUUCAUCAGUACGUUGCAUGGCGGAUGA